ACUUUACAGACAAUUCCCGGCAAUGGCGCCAAACGCUUCCAGCCCAGACUGGCCAGAAUUAGAAGGUGAAGUGGAGUUUCAGCCUGGCAAAGGGAGAUCAGCCGGGGUGCAGUCUAGCUUUCAGUUAAUUGCCCUUGCUGUCACUUCAGCGAUGGCUGUUGUUAGUGGAUUAAUUGUAGGUGUGAUCCUCAAAUGGUGUACUUUUCUUGGCCAGCCUGUCGGUGACCGUUUGUUUGAAGAUAGUCCACUCUGGACUCUCUCUGAACUUGAGAAGCAAAAAUCGUCUGCUAGUAGAAUGGAAGGGAGUAGAGCACCGCUGCUGGGAAGUUUAGGUCGAGGGGACAUCCGUUUACAAGAACUAAAAUCCUCAUGA